AUGGAGAACGAGAAGGGAGAGAUCGUCGAUCUCUACGUGCCCCGCAAGUGCAGCGCCACUAGCCGCAUCAUCAAGGCCAAUGACCACGCCUCCGUUCAGAUCUCCGUCGGAAAGGUUGACGAGAACGGCCGCUACACCGGCGAGAACCAGACCUACGCUCUGUGCGGCUUCAUCCGUUCCCGCGGUGAGAGCGACGACUCCUUCAACCGCCUCGCUCAGCGUGACGGUUACCUCAAGAACGUGUGGACCGCCUCCCGCCAGCGCUAA